AUGCAACGCUUAUGUAUCCUAAUCAACACAAAGCUUGAGAUCACUUCUAAAAGAACAAGUGGAUAUACAAGCACUUGCACAUACUCAUUUCAAAAUGAAGUGUGUCGGAUGAGAUUAGACAUCACCAUGCUUGAUGAACUUAUUCAUGAGUAUUGUCUGUAUAGGGGCAUUGUCAACUCUGGUGCUCCAAACCCUUCAUGUGAAGCAAUGAAGAUAGGACAUGAACAAUCGGAAUCGGAAUCCACUUUAUCUGUUGAAGCCAGAAGUGGAUCCAAUAAGCUUGUUGAUGCUGACAUGGAUUCACCUGGCACAGAAGAACGAUACCCAUGUGGCACAAUGAGCAACAACCAUGAAGACAGUAGUACAAGUGGCAACAAGUGAGCAACAACCAUGUUUUUUUUAAUGCAUUUAGCUUAUGAACUUUUAGGUUAAAUACAAGGAUGUAGGGAGAAUCACUCAACUUCCAAUUCCCAUUACGAUAUUGAAAUAAAGGAUGCGUAUCUUACUCCCUGGUUACUUAGUUGUAAUUAAGUUGAAUGGAAAUGUCAUAUGUAGAUGGUUAGAGUCAUGAAAUACACUAGUUAGAGUAAUGUUUUGUAAAGAAAAUAUGAGCAAGUUUCAAGAUAAUAGAAUAUAUUUAUUGGAAGCUAAUAUGAGGUUUGAUUGAUUGUAUUGGGUUUAGUUAUUGUAAUUUUAUUCAAACAUUAUCACUGG